AUAUCCCAUUCCAGGUUCUGGGCCACUGCGCUUAUUCUGAGAAACCAGCAAAACACUACUAAAGUUUCCACAUGUAUGUGAAUGUUGUAUAUUUCACUUUACAACUGAAGAAUCUAGGGCUAGUGAGAUUAAACACUUUGUUUAGGAUUUCUCCAACAAUCAGUGGUCGAGACAGUUUGCAAACUCAUGACUUUGCCCUCGAAUCCACAUUUCCCCCACUACAGCUAGACACUGGGGUAUUUUAUGAGGUGCACUGGCCAUUUCCCUGUCUUUAUGAUCUUGCUGUCCAUGCUACACUGACGCCCGGGAUGGUGCUUUCAGAGUUGAACUCAUUUUCAUUCAUGAGUUUGAUUCUGAUUAUAACAAGACUCAGGAUAAGGAAGAGGAGAAGCUAUCAAGUCACCUUCCUUCAGUCAGUCAACAAUCUUUCAUUGACUGCUUAUGACAAAUCCUGGAGAUGCCAAGGAAUGAGUGAGGCUGGCCCUUAUCUUUCAAAUUCUAGUAGUCAGUGUGGAAGAUGGUGAAGGAAAAGGUUAUGGUGAGACAAACUACCGUAAGAAUAAGGAGCGUAGGUGAUAGCUUCAGAAAAACAGCUGGCUCACUUUUGGGUGCCUCCAAGAAAGCAGGGUAGGAAAAGAACGUAUCCCACACGUCAAGGAGCUGCAGGAGAUCUGGAUUUGUGAAAUCAGGCUUCCCCCCAAACGUUUCAGAACAAGGCUGUGUCCUCUACUGGGACACAGCCACUUUGCAAUUCUAUCAAACUAUUUCUGCUAAUCAAUUUGAUAUUGCAUGUUUUGUCUGCAACGCUAUGCAUGUUUUGAGAACGAGCAGUGGCACUCUACGUGGAAAAGAUGGAGGUCAAGUUAGGAGUUCGUAGUAGUUUUUUCUAUCACCACCUAUUCUAUUCUUACUUUCCUCCAUUCACCUUCUCUUGCUGGCUCGGCAGGUAGGCCGCCUUUAUUCUGUCUUACAGGCUUUCACUUAGUGCAGGGCUGGCUCCACCGACAGACUCUUCCUGCCCGAGCUUGUCGCAGGCCAUCUGAAGCUGUGCAGACUGCAACAGCAAGUUCGGCCUGAAUCACGUCUUCCAAUUUUGUUCAGGCUGCCAAGAGUUAUGAGUAAGAGCGCGCUGUGGGCGGGGCCGGAGUGGGAGGCGGGGGCGUGGCCGCAGGUGAGCCAGCUCCCCAGGCCCCAGAGCAGGGCUUUCACUGCCACUGAGAGCCUACCUCCGCCUGUUUCCCUUGCAAAGCAUUUCCCAGGAUACCAGCUGCUCAAGGCCCACGAUGGACUCCCUGAGACUGGCAAAUUCUGCUUUUGCUGUUGACUUGUUCAAACAGCUAUGUGAAAAGGAGCCCACGGGAAACAUUCUCUUCUCUCCAAUAUGUCUCUCUACUUCCCUGUCACUUGCUCAAGUAGGUGCCAAAGGUGACACAGCAAAUGAAAUUGGACAGGUCCUUCAUUUUGAGAACGUCAAAGAUGUACCUUUUGGGUUUCAAACAGUCACUUCGGAUGUAAAUAAGCUCAGUUCCUUUUACUCUUUGAAGCUAAUCAAGCGACUCUACAUAGACAAAUCUCUGAACCCUUCUACAGAAUUUAUCAGUUCUACAAAAAGGCCAUAUGCAAAAGAAUUGGAAACUGUCGACUUCAAAGAUAAACUGGAAGAAACGAAAGGUCAAAUUAACAGCUCUGUUAAGGAGCUCACAGAUGGCCAUUUUGAGAACAUUUUGUCGGAGAACAGUGUAAGCGACCAGACCAAAAUCCUCAUGGUUAAUGCCGCCUACUUUGUUGGAAAGUGGAUGAAAAAAUUUCCUGAAUCAGAAACAAAAGAAUGUCCGUUCAGAGUCAACAAGACAGACACCAAACCAGUACAAAUGAUGAAUCUAGAGGCCACGUUCUGUUUGGGCAACAUUGAUGACAUCAACGCUAAGAUCAUAGAACUUCCCUUCCAGAAUAAGCAUCUCAGUAUGCUCAUUGUGCUACCCAAGGAUGUGGAGGAUGAGUCCACGGGCCUGGAAAAGAUUGAAAAGCAGCUCAACCCAGACACACUGUUGCAGUGGACCAACCCCAGCACCAUGGCCAACGCCAAAGUCAAACUCUCUCUCCCAAAGUUUAAGGUGGAAAAGAUGAUUGAUCCCAAGGCUAGUCUGGAAAGGCUGGGUCUGAAAAGUCUCUUCGAUGAAAACACAUCUGAUUUCUCUGGCAUGUCAGAGACCAAGGGAGUGACCCUAUCAAAUGUGAUUCACAGGGUAUGCCUAGAAAUAAACGAAGAUGGUGGUGAGUCCAUUGAGGUGCCAGGAUCCCGAAUCUUACAGCACAAGGAUGAAUUCAAUGCUGACCACCCAUUUAUCUAUAUCAUUAGACACAACAAAACACGAAACAUCAUUUUCUUUGGCAAAUUCUGUUCUCCUUAAGUGGCAGGGCCCUGCUAAGUCUCAGGUAACUUGUCUGGAGUUGCAGAUUCUGUAAACUUUGUAUGCAGACAAUCACUUUCUAUACAAUAAACUGUUAAAUUUGCUGAAUCAGGAAGCAGCUGGUACUUGUCAUGUGUAGCCUUCAUACUAACAGACACUUCUUUUCCAAUUCCUCCUUGUUUUUCUUUGUCAAAGAAAAUGGCACACGCUUGUAAUGAAAGGGAAUCACCUUAGCAAAGAAUGUGUAUUCUUCAUUUGUCAAAGAUUUAGAACCGCUCACAAAAACGCAGUCUUCCACAUGGAAAUUCCUGUAAGGAUGACGUGGAGGACAUUAUCCUUAGAACUUCACCUUUCUUCACUGAGAUGAAGAAUGUUCCAUACAUUUCCACCAUUUUAAAGCCUUGAGGAACUCUAGAGUAUGGGGCCCACGAGAGUACCCUGACACUAAGCUGUGGGUCUGGAAGUCUUCAUAUUAAACCCUGAGAAAUGGUUUUUUCAGGAUCUUAAUAGGAGAUUUUAAAAAGAUGGCAUGUUGUAAAUACUAUAUAUUAUGGAACUCCAAAAAUAGGGUCUGAAAUAUUAAUGCUUUAAUAUUUCUGCUAAAAACAUAGGUUAUUCACACAAAACAAGUACAUAAGGAUAGUUCACAAAUGAUCAAUAUUUCUGAAAAAUGAAUAAGUUGUCAGCUCAUGGAAACACUUUGCAGAGUAUUCUAGAUCUUUGGAGUACUGGAUAAAGUUCUGGGCCCAUUUUAGCUGAAGACUAAGACCCUAGGGGGAAGCUUAGCUUUUACAAAAAUUGGCUUUUGUUUCUCCUAGCUGCCCCACCUGGUCAUUUGGGUGGUAUGACUGCUGGUGGGGCUUCUAGCCAGAUCACAGGGUUCUUCACACCUCCAACACCAGUGACUUAAGAUCUCCAGGGAUUCUCUUGAUGAUAAGAGAGUUUGUGGCUGUUUAGGAACUUUUUUUUUUGUCUAAUGUGGCAGUGGAAAAAGGAAGUGAUCCCAAACCUCCAGAAAACACAAGCAAAACUAUUUAAGCACUCAUCAUGCGUUGGAAUAUGUUUCUUCUUUUUUUAAAUCUGGCUGUUGGAUAACAGUUUGUAAUCUACACACAUAGUUUAUUAAUGGUUCUGAUAAAUUAGUUAUGUUGCAACCCAACCUAAUGUUUUAACUCACCCUCAGAAGGAAAUAUUUGCUGUGGUUUUUCUUAUAUGCCUCUCCUUUUCCAUUUCAUUGCCGUUUAUUGUAAAUAAUGUUUUUUCUUCUGAAGGUUCAGUGGUGACUUUUUUCUGUGCUAUUGAAAAUAAAGUAUUAUGUGUGCCUUGUUCUUUCUCUA